AUGAACGAAGCGCCCGCGACCGAAGAGGUCGGCGUCCGGACCGGUCGUAGGCCCGCACACGGCGUGCGGCGCCGGCUGCGGCGCCACUCCGGCACGAUCGCGGGCGCCGCGGUGUUGUCGCUGAUCGCGCUGGCGGUGCUGUUCGGAUCAGCCGUCCACGACGUCGAUCCCCAGUACCUGGACUACCCGGCCAAGAACCAGGGCAUGUCUCUGGAGCAUCCGCUGGGCACCGACAACCUGGGCCGCGACACGUUGGCCCGGAUGCUGGCCGGCGGGCGCAUCUCCCUGGCCGUCGGCACGGCCGCGAUGGUGCUGUCGCUGACGUUCGGGACGCUGGUGGGGGUCGCGGCGGGUUUCUUCCACCGGCUCGACGGCCCGCUGAUGCGGUUCACCGACCUGUUCCUGGCGCUGCCGGUGCUGCCGUUGCUGCUCGUCAGCAUCAUGUUGUUUCGCGACCCGCUGCAGUCCGCCCUCGGCCUGGAAGUCGGGAUCUUCAUCCUGAUCGUGGUCGUCAUCGGCAUCACGAGCUGGAUGCAGACCGCGCGCAUCGUCCGGGGUCAGGUGCUCGCCAUCAAACAGCGCGAGUACGUGGUGGCCGCGCGGAGCAUCGGCGCGCGGGCGAUCCGCAUCAUCGUGCUGCACGUCUUCCCGAACGCGUUGAGCCCCAUCGUGGUGGCGGCCACGCUCGGAGUUGCGCAGGCGAUCAUCACGGAAAGCGCGUUGAGCUUUCUGGGCCUGGGGUUUCCGUCCGACUUUCCGACCUGGGGCCGGCUGCUCUACGACGGCGUGCCGUUCCUGACCCUCACGCCGGCGCGCGUGAUCUGGCCGGGGGUGGCGAUCUCGCUGACGGUGUUGAGCGUCAACUACGUGGGCGACGGCCUGCGCGACGCGCUGGACCCGCACGCCAACGUCGGCGGCUAG